AUGCUGUUUUCUAGUUGCUUAUUUGUGUGGCUUUCUCUCUCAGCGCUCGCAAAAGCCGAGCAGGCGGCGCCAGCAGUGCAGCCGCUGCAGCCGCAGGAUGAUGACUUCCUGGUCGUGAGGCCGCCAACGGGUAUUGGCGCGUGGCCGGUGCCGAAGCUGUUUGAGCGGCAGGAGCGUGUCUGUACUGAUCCAGCGUAUUCGACGCAAUGUGCGGCCGUGCUUGCGAAUGGGAACUGCUGUGGGACCGACACUUAUUGUUGCCCCGAUAACCUUGCCUUCUGCUGCACAAAAGGCGAUACUUGCCAAGUCGUCAAAGGCGUCGAAAGCUGCUGCCCUCCCGACCGCGAAACCUGCGACGGGCGCCAAUGCGCCCCCUUAGGCUACGUCUGCUGCAACGCCUACAACCACGUCUGCGGGCCCGGCCAAGACUGCUGCAAAUCCCUCUGCUGCGAAGCCGGCACCAAGUGCUGCGGCGACACCUGCUGCGACGCCGGCAACGAGUGCUGCCCAGGCGCAAACGGGGGCAACGGCGGCUGCUGCUGGCCCGGAAACAUUUGCUGCGGCGACUCGUGCUGCGAUCCGGCGUCGCAGACGUGCUCGAAUGGCGUGUGUGUCAAUAAGAGUACCCCGCGCACGACGGGUGUGGCGAGGACGACGGUGACGAUGACGGCGGCGGGGGUGGGGGGCGGGGUGGAGACGGGGGCGGCGGUGGUGAAGGGGUGGAGAGGUGGGAGGGUGGGGGUUAUGGCGGUGCCGCUGGCGGUGGGGUUGGGGGUUGGAGUGGGGUUUUAG